AUGUCUCGCGCUCAGCUCCUCGCCGGUCUCCGCACUGGAGGCCCUCGAUCGAGCUCGCCUUCUGCCGUUGAGGAUGGCAUGUUCCAGGCCCAGCAGAGCACGUCGCCCGUCUCAACUCAAGAUGGUUCCAAAGCCGCCUCGCCGAACACGCUCAAGGCUAAUGCUGCCGUCUUUACCCCAGGCCAGCGCGUGAACUCGCCCCAGCGCGAGCAGACCCCACCUCAGAACAAUGGUGCUGAAGGUCAGCAACAGCUUUUGGAGGCUCACUUCGCUGCACUUCGCGUGCAGCAAGCCAUGGCUCUGCAGAACCAGAACAGCCUCGCUGCACUUUACGGUGCGGCUCAGGGACAGCCACAGCAACACUACAACGCUCAGCAGCAGGCGUACGAGGCUCUCGUUCGUCAACACCAGCAACAAGAGGAGAUUCGUCGUCAACAACAGGCAGCUCUCGCUCAGGUAAGUCUAUCCCUGACAGCACCUGACAGGCUUUCACUGACUUGACACACGCGCUCGCCACAGCUCGAGCAGCUCCGCUCUCAGGCUGCCAACAGCCCACAGCAGCAGCAACGCUUGCUUCUCGCUCAGAUCCACGCCGAGUACGAACGUCAGGCUCAGCUGGCCGCUCUCGCGGAGCAAGUUCAGGCUCAGCAGCUGCAGUCGAGCGCUGCCGAGCAGCGUCAGGCCGCUCAAGCCACGAUCCAGGCCAACCUGCGCAACCGUCAGACUCAGCAAGCCUACACUCAACUGCUCGAGCAGCAGCAGCGCAAUCAGCAGCAGGACCAAGACCAAGCUCAAGCUGAAGUUGAGCUCAUGCAGCGCCUCCAGUACAUUCAGAUGCACUAUGCUGCUCAGCAGCAACAGCAGGCUGCUCUUGGUCUCGGACAGACGGCUUCGCCUCCCAUGCGCGCUGCCCAACAGCUCAACCGUGCGGGAUCGCCAUCCGACAAGAACAGCGCUCGUCCGCGUCAGCCAAGCCACGCCGACGCUGCCUCAUCGUGGCGUCAGCGCGCUACCGGUGCCAGUAAUGCUUCUACCCCUUCAAUCGUCGUCGACGAUUCCGCGAGCGAAAUCAGCGCGAAUGGCUCCACGUCCGAUGUCCACACGCCAGACACGAGUGACGAGGAUGUUCGCGACGGUGCCACGCUGGACAAGGUUCAAGCUGCUGCUGCUGCCAUGACUGCUCGUUACGGUGCGGUCGUGGACAGGCAGGGCAAGUCGGUUCCUAGCGUUCCCCGUGCCAUCUCGUUGACCGCCGCUCCUCGCUCUCGCAACUUCACUGCUGAGGCCAAGAGCGUCGCUAUGAGCAACUCGGGUAGCGGCAGCAAUGGCGGUCUGGCUGCGCCUACCCAGCCAGCUCGUCAGCCACGCGGACCUCCAACCGACUUCCAGCCAGUCAACUUCGCCUCGAGGAUCUCGGCGCGCACCCGCAAGGAAGCCAUGAGCCGUCUCUGCGCUAGCCCUCGCGCCGCCAGCUUCAGUCAGCGUGUCGUCUCGGUCGCCUAA